AUGUCUAGUGUCACUAUAGAAUACCAGUUCAAGACGUAUAAAUGCAAAGUAGAUGGUGGGUCGAAUUUAAAGGAAGUUUUGGUGAAAAGUGUAGCAAAUUUUAAGUUAGGAAGCGAUUCGAUUUGGAGUUUGAUACAUAAUGGGAAAGAACUGCCGUUAGAACUGCCAUGGCGAUUGUUGAAUUUACCGAACGGUGUGAAAUUAGCGUUACAGGUGAGAUCCGAGAAGGCGGUUUCACAAUUUCGAGUUAAAUUCCAGAUUGUAGGUGUUGGUAGUAGAGUGGUGACUGUUAAAGGAUCUCAAACGAUUUUGGAGGCAUUAAAUUGUGUGGUAGAUGACAUAGAAAUGGAGAUUGAUGUACAGACGGCCAAAUUGCAAAUUUUUAGUACCAUUGUUGAGUCUAAAGAUUUCGGUACAACGACCUUUUCCAUGUUGGGUAUUAUCGGCGACGUCAGUGCGAGAUUGAUGUUUACUGGGACACCAGUAAGGUCAGAAUCAGCCGCGUCAGCCGCAUCAGUUGCUUUGGCCGCUCUACCAGAUUCGAAAACAAUUAAACAUGAACAAGAAUCGCCCAAGCAGCAACCCAUCGCACAAGACAAGCCCGUUGAUCCCGUGAACAAAUCUGUCCCUGAGCUCUCACGCAAACCACACGCAUUGAUUCCACCUGCAGAAUUUUCAGGCUUACAUCUUGCACAGCCGGAAGAUACCGAUUACGAAAUGUCAUUAGAACAAGCUAGAAAAUACCAGGAUAUGCUUUCGCGAAACGCCAGACCCACAAACGGGUUCCUAACCAAGCGGCUUCGAGAGAAACAGCAACAAGACGUAGCGAAACCGGUGGAAGUCUGCAAUGUUCGUGUUAGGCUACCAGAUCGUACCCACAUCGAGGCGUCGUUUUCCGCCAAUGAUACAAUCGCUGACGUUUACAUGAUAAUAAAGAAUUCGUUACGAGACCCUGAUAUCGAUUUUCGUUUGUUCCACUCGCAUCCGCAUAAAUUAAUCCGUAAGGAUAACGCUAGACUAGUUGACGACCUGCAAUUUAGCUCAAAGACACUGUUGGUCUUUGAGUCCCUAGCCUCUGGUCCCUAUCUGAAGAAGGAACUAUUAGAUUCCGCUUCAGAUCUUACAAAUUUAGAACCGACCGCAGAUAGCCAAGACCUCAAGAGUGACGAGCAGAAACCAACAAAACAGUCAAAACCUUUGACAUCUGGGAAAACACCCAAAUGGCUCAAACUGGGUAAAAAAUAG